GGCGUGUGCGUGGGGCGGGGCAGCGCGGUUGUUUGGCGCGAGAGAGCGGUGCGGGGCUGUCUAGCUCCAAGGCCACUCGCCCCCCGCCGCGGGCUGGGCUCUUGCCAUGGCGCUGGUAGCUGGCGUCAUCCGGAGGCUGGAUGAGGCUGUGGUGAACCGCAUCGCGGCCGGCGAGGUCAUCCAGAGACCGGCAAACGCCAUCAAGGAGAUGAUAGAGAACUGUUUGGAUGCUAAAUCUACAAGUAUCCAGGUAGUAGUCAAAGAAGGUGGUCUGAAGCUCAUCCAGGUCCAAGAUAACGGCUGUGGUAUCAGGAAGGAAGAUCUGCACAUUGUUUGUGAGAGAUUUACUACCAGUAAACUGCAGAAAUUUGAAGACUUGGCUAGUAUUUCAACGUAUGGUUUUAGGGGUGAGGCAUUGGCUAGCAUCAGUCAUGUUGCCCAUGUUACGGUAACAACUAAAACAGCUGAUGCAAAGUGUGCAUACAGAGCUUCUUACAGUGAUGGAAAAAUCAAAGCCCCCCCAAAACCCUGUGCUGGAAACCAAGGGACACAGAUCAUGGUGGAAGAUCUUUUUUACAAUGUAAAUACAAGGAGGAAAGCUUUAAAAAAUCCGAGUGAAGAGUAUGCAAAAAUACUAGAAGUUGUUGGCAGAUAUGCCAUCCAUAACUCAGGUAUCAGCUUUUCAGUUAAAAAGCAAGGCGAUACUGUAUCAGAUGUUAGAACUUUAUCAAACGCUACCACAGUAGACAACAUUAGGUCCAUCUUUGGAAAUGCUGUUAGCAGGGAACUCAUAGAAGUGGGCUGUGAAGAUGCAAAUCUGGCCUUUAAAAUGAAAGGCUACAUCACGAAUGCCAACUACUCUGUGAAGAAAUGUAUAUUUUUACUCUUCAUAAACCAUCGGCUGGUAGAGUCAACUGCUUUGCGGAAAGCCAUAGAGACUGUGUAUGCUGCUUAUCUGCCAAAAAGCACUCAUCCAUUCUUAUACUUAAGCCUGGAAAUAGCCCCUAAAAAUGUAGAUGUGAAUGUGCACCCUACAAAACACGAGGUCCACUUCCUUCAUGAAGACAGCAUUCUAGAGCGUGUGCAACAACAUGUAGAGAGCAAGCUGCUGGGUUCCAAUUCUUCAAGGAUGUACUUCACUCAGACAUUGCUUCCAGGGGCCGAAUGUUCUUCCAGUGAGGUGGUAAAAUCAGCAGCAAGCUCUUCUACGGCUGCAAAGGGAACCAGUGAUAAAGUUUAUGCACACCAAAUGGUCCGCACUGAUUCCCGAGAGCAGAAGUUGGAUGCUUUUCUUCAGCCAGUGAACAACCCCCUGAGUGCAGGCCCCACCGAAGAGACAACAGGAGAUAAAGUGGGACCUCCAGAGGGCACAGUUAGGCCACAGGACGCUGAAAUGGAAGACGUGAGUGAGCUUCUUGAAACAGCUGAUCUGAUUGAGAUGGCUGACGUUCAGCAGGAUGCAGUGAUGCCUGGAGGGCCGAGUAAGAGCGGACACUUGUCUCCUGAGAAAGCGCUUCCUCGAAAGAGACCACGGGAAGACACAGACAUACAAAUGGAAGAAGACAACAGAAAGGAAAUGACUGCUGCCUGCACCCCUAAGAGAAGAAUUAUCAAUUUGACCAGUGUGUUGACUCUUCAGGAGGAAAUUAGCAACCAAUCACAUGAAAGUCUUCAGGAGAUGCUGCGUGAUCACUCAUUUGUUGGCUGUGUCAGCCCUCAGUGGGCUCUGGUGCAGCAUCGGACAAAACUGUAUCUUCUCAAUACAACAAAACUCAGCCAAGAACUUUUCUACCAGAUACUUAUUUAUGACUUUGCAAACUUUGGCGUUCUGAGACUCUCUGAGCCAGCUCCUUUAUAUGAGCUUGCAAUGCUUGCUUUAGAGGACCCAGAGAGUGGCUGGACAGAAGAAGAUGGCCCAAAAGAAGGUCUUGCUGAGUACAUAGUUGAGUUUCUGAAAAAGAAGACUGAAAUGUUGAAAGAUUAUUUCUCUCUUGAAAUUGAUGAGGAAGGAAACCUUACUGGAUUACCACUUCUGAUAGACAACUACAUUCCCCUGCUGGAGGGACUACCGAUGUUCAUCCUUCGUUUGGCCACUGAGGUAAACUGGGAUGAAGAGAAGGAGUGCUUUGAAACCCUAAGUAAAGAACUGUCUAUGUUCUACUCCAUUAGAAAACAAUAUAUAAUAGAUGAAACCAACCUGACGCGCUCUCAGAAUGAGGAUUCUGACUCUGGUCCACCGCCAUGGAAAUGGACAGUGGAGCAUGUUGUUUACAAAGCCUUUAGGACUCAUCUUUUACCUCCUAAACACUUCACAGAUGAUGGCAACAUUUUGCAGCUUGCUAACCUGCCUGACUUGUAUAAAGUUUUUGAGAGAUGCUGAGCAGGAAAUUGUAUAGAUUUGUGCAUAUCUAAAAAAUAUUUGUUACAUUCUGUUGUAUUUAGAUAAAGUCUUGGGGGGGGGGGGGGGGGGGGGGGGGAAGGGAAGGGAGGAUUUUAUGACAGCAAAUAGAUGUUAUAUUUUUUUCUUCUGUUUAUCAGAGAACAAAAAGAAUCCAUUAUGUUCCUAAAAUAAAAUAAGAUUUCAUUUAUGGGUUGUAUGUCAAGUUUGCAUGAGAAGAGAAUGAGCUGAGGCUAAUAGAAGUGCAAGUGCUUUAUCAUGGCUUGAGCCCUGAAGGCAAGAUUAUCAGAUUCCUUUUGUUUUGAUGAUGCAGGUACUUCAAACAAUAGUCUCCAUGAACAUCAAUUUAAAGCACAUGCAGUAAUUUUUUAGCCCUCAACUAGCUGAUGUGGUAUUUCAGAACUCUUGCUCGAAAUAAGGGGGAUGACUUGCCUUUAUCAAGGAGUCUGGAAUCGGAAACAAGAAUUUGGUGCAAAGGAGCAAGUAAACUUACACACAUCAAAUCUGCUUCAAAGAAGAGCUGCUGAUGAUAAUCUUGAGCACAGGCUCAAGCUUGAGAGAAGACCAUUAGUUCAGCUCAGGCAAAAAAAAAAAAAAAAGGCCUCAUCUUGAGACCCCACCUCUGAAUGGGUGCCAUCAAUCUGACAGAUGAUGGAAAGCGGCUCGGCUAUCACCUCUGCCAGUUCCCUCAGCACUCCCAGGUGAGUCUCCUCCGGUCCUAUGGACUUGUGGCAGUCCAGGUGGAGUAUAAGGUCUCUGACUUUCCUCCUGAAUCAUGGGGGGUUUAGUCUGCUCCCCAGCUGAGACUACCAGGUCAGAGAGUGGAGUACCCUGAGGAUAACUGGUCUGACUUUUAAAGACAGAUGUAAAGAAGGCAUUCAGAACAUCUGCCUUUUCCUUAUCCUCAGUGGUCACAUUCCCAGCCUCAUUCAGUAAAGAAUGGAGAUUCUCCCUGGUCCUCCUCUUACUGUUGAUACACUUGUAAAAGAGUUUCUUGUUCCCUUUUACCCCAGCAGCCAGGUUGAGUUCAAGCUGGGCUGGGCUUUUCUCUCUGCACAUUUUAACAACUUCUUUGUAUUCUUUCUGAGUUGCCCGUCCCUUCUUCCACAGGAGGUGGAUUCUCUUUUUCUCCUGGAGCCUUGAGAAUAGCUCCCUAUUCAUCCAUGCCGGUCUUCUUCCCUUCUGCACCUUAAGACUUCCUUCUUGAACAGCAACCAGCCAUCUUGGACCCCUUUACUCUCUAAGACUGAAUCCUAGUAGACUCCUCCUACUAGUCUUCUGAACAACUGGAAGUCCGCCCUCUGGAAGCUACUACACAUAUCUUGUUUUUCUUUACAGCUAGUAUUUUUAACCCAUUCUCCUCUGACUGCAAGGGGGAGCUGGCACUGAGAAUAAGGUUACAUUUCUUCUAGUUCAAGAGGAAUUUCAUACUGCAAACUGAGAAGCACUGAAGAAAAAAAAAAAAGUCAUGCACUUACAUGAAGGUAGGUUAUAAGUAAUAAGGGAAUUGCUCACCUCCUGUCCUAGAUACAUUUUUCUUGUUAAAUUUAAUAUUUGAUCAGAAAUACUCCACCAUUAUAAAGAAACAGCUUCUCAAUUUUUGUUCUUCCAGUGAUUUAUUCUUACCUGUAUCCUCUGAAACAGAUCUUGAAUAUUCUGAAUAAUCAAAAGAUAGGUUAGGAUCUACUCUACCUGUCAUCCACCAGGAACCCCACGUCCUUCCCUGCCAAGCUCCUCUCCAGCAGGUCAUCCCCCAACCUGUACUGAUACAUGAUCACCCAGGCCGUCUGCAACAUCUCUUAUACCUUAAGUUGUAAACAGAACCAAAACCUUUGUAACCAAACAGCCCUAUAUAGCAGCUCGCAAUUCACAUAUUUGAUGAUAGUGAAUUUGAAAGCUGCAGUGGCUUACAAGCCCAUUUUCCGCUUACUGGCUCAUUCUUCUCAAGUAAAUCAAUACAUUUGAAUGCUUUGUGGAUACACUUUAGCAUCAGCCUUUUAGUAAUUCUGUAAAUUGAAACAGUCAAUACCGGUGCAAGGAAAAACUUAGCAGAAUAGUUAGACAACAGCUCAUUCUGUGUUCUACCCCACGCUUCUGUUUCACAGCAAGAGAAAUAUUGCAAAGCAGUGAAGUACUUACGCCCGAGUAAACAUGAAGAAUAUGGUGGUACUUAUUUGCUGUGUAGGUUGCUAGUAUUGCAAACUAAUGGCUUUGUAAGGAAACUGACAACACUUACAUUCUCCUUUAGAUAGGAAUUAUCACCUAAGCUUUUUUUGAUGAAGCAUUAGUUAAUACUUAAGAUCCGUAUGUGACAAAUAAACUCAAGCAAACCACGCCUUAUACCUAUAUCCAACAACUGAUUAAAGCUUCUCUUUACUACAGAAAUAAUACUACAGUUUGCAAAUGCUCACUUCCCUCCACGUUGCUCCUUGAACCUGAAUAACAUCCAACAAAUUAUUUCAAAAACCUUUUUCCAUCCUUCUGAUAUCUCAUACUCAACAGUGAUAUCAAUGGUGUUCAGCUAGCACCGACAAUGCCUCUCUACAGGUAUUCAACCAGCACAAGACAUUCUGCACAAAAUCAAUGGAAACCAGAAUCCUCAUAACCCUGCUAGAAACAAAGGAGUGCUACACACUGAUUUUUCAUCUGAUAAAGCAGCAAAGUAUCACAGUGCAUUAACCAUGUUUCAACAUUUUUAUUUUAGAAAGUGAACAUAUCCAUUAAAAAAGAAAAUGCACGGAGUUAAAAAAAAAGUAAACAUAAAACUAAUGACAAAAUUGCAAAAACAUAAAAUAAUUUUACCUAGUGAGUCCCAACCAUUAAAUAUACUUCCACCACAGAGAAGUUUUACUUCAUUAUAUUACCAGUCUCUUGAUUAGGUACACGAAGACAACACUUUCCAGUAAUUACCUAGUCAUUAGAAGAUCAACUUCAGGAAUCACUGAAUAAUACAUCAUGGACAAAUAUUUUCAUGCCACCCAGGAGGCAAUCUAAUAUACAUAUGUCACAAGGUACAUCUUUGUGAGGUAUUACAGUACACGGGAACCAUUCCCUUUGCUUUCUAAGGAAUAAAUUCUCCAGUCAGCAGCUCCACCAGCAACUCAAUCACAGACUGUUGCCAGAGUUUCCAAAUCCCCACUAACGUCCCUCAGAGAUUUUCUUUCUGUAACAGAUUACACAAGUUAAGGUGAAGAAGAGUCAAAGCAAAAGAUACAGAAAACAGGAAGGCUCAGAAGAAAAAGUCACCCACUAUUUCAGACAGGCAACAGACAGUCUCAAGUCAGAAGCUUCAACUGCUCUGGAAUAUUUAAUACCUCCUCUAGCUCAAGCUUUGCCAUUUGUGGUAAAACAAAAGCAUGUGGUGAGAUAACUCUGAAAGUAAUUAAGUAAUUUCUAACAUAUGAACAUAUUUAACCAAAGUAGACUACACAUCUUAAAACAUAGCAUGCAUAACACAACCUACCUGUGGCAUUAAACAGACUGUGAAGGGGAAAUACUGAAGCAGUUUUGUCCAUACAAUCCUUCAGAGUCAUGUAUAUGUCCUAGACUCAAACUGGAAGAAAAUCUCUUCCUAGUACUUCUGCAUCCCCACCUCCAGAGACAUUUCCCUCCUCCUUUACCACUUUUGGUCCAUCACUUUCUUCCAAGAAGCCAGAGAAGAAAUGGUAGAGGAGCUUCAUCCCAAGUCUGCAGCCUUUUACACUGAACACUGGAACAGGUGCCUCAGACUCCUGUGCUGGGGUUAGCCAGAACUCAAGGGCAGGGGAGCCUAACAACUGGCUCUCAAGAAUAUGACAGGAUUUCUUGCUUGAGCUUUGUCAAGACUGCAAGAUGAACUCCUAAGAAUCAGCCCAACCAUUUAAAUAAAAUGAGAAGGAGCUAAGAAGAAA